AUGGAGUUGAAAAAUACAAUAGAGUUUAUGAUAAUUAUCAACGUCUCUCAAUUGGCAGACUUAAAUGAGGGAUUGAUACUUCCAAAGAUAAUGGCUAACCAAUUACCAAGGAAGUGUGAAGUGAUAAAGUUGGUUGAUUAUACGGGUUUUAAGUAUAAGAUUGCAGUACAGAGCAUCGGUCAUAAAAGUAAGAGGAUAAACGGGCCAGAAUGGACCCGGUUCGUUGAAACUUAUAGAAAUAACAACAUAGACAAGUUGUGUUUAAAAAAAUUGAAGCAAGCAAUAUUUGAGAUAAAUGUUUUGGACAAUGAGGGAUUGGAGAUUAGAAAAGAUGGAUCGAACAGAGAUUAUGUUCAUGGAUGCUUGAUACAGGCUGAAGAAAAAACAUACUGCAAGCAGCAACGAAAGAUAACUGGUAUUGCAGAUUUGGAUCUUCAACAGGAAGAACUUGAAAAUAUCUGUCUAUCUGAAAUUGAAAAGUUGCUUCUUACCAAUGGAAGUACAGUGAGAAAUUUUGAUGAUAUGCCAAGUGUUCCGGACAAUUAUGUUUCAUCGUCGAACAAUCGAUUGAUAAUGAAAGAAUUAUCGUAUGACAGACUAGCUCUUCAAAGGGAACAUGAUCGUUAUGUAAAGCGUUUAACUGCCGAACAGGAAAAGAUAUAUAAAAUUGUUAUGGAAGCGAUUGAAAAAGGUGAUGGAGGUGUGUUUUUUGUAUAUGGUUAUGGUGGAACUGGAAAGACGUUUCUUUGGAAGACAUUCUCAGCUGCAUUACGAUCAAAAAGUGAGGUUGUAUUGAAUGUUGCAUCCAGUGGAAUUGCUUCACUUUUGCUGGAUGGUGGUAGAACUGCUCAUUCAAGGUUUGUAAUUCCAACCAACAUUAAUGAGAAUUCAAUAUGUUCGAUAGAGCCUAAUACUAAGUUAGGUGAUUUAAUUAAAAGAGCAACAUUGAUUAUUUGGGAUGAAGCACCUAUGACUCACAAGCAUUGUUUCGAGGCUCUUGAUAGAAGAAUGAGAGACAUAUCACGUUCCAAUCAACCGAACAUGCAAUCGAAGCCGUUUGGGGGAAAGGUCAUUCUAUUUGGUGGUGAUUUUAGACAAAUUCUUCCGGUCAUUCCUAAAGGUACCAGAACAAUGAUAGUCAAUGCUUCUUUGAAUUCUUCUUAUAUAUGGCGGCACUGUAAAGUACUAAAGCUAACUGAGAAUAUGAGAUUAAGAGUUGGUUGUCAGGAAGCAGAUUUGAAAGAAAUAAAGGAAUUUGGAGAAUGGAUUUUAAAGCUUGGUGAUGGUCUGCUUGGUGAAGAAAAUGAUGGUGAGAUUGAUAUUGAAAUACCAGAUGAUUUACUUAUUCAUGACCAAGUCAAUCCUAUUUCUUCUCUCAUUUCAUAUAUAUAUCCGGACAUGAAUAAGUUUUUGUGGGAUUUAACGUAUUUCCAACAAAGAGCGAUUCUUGCUCCAACUAAUGAAGUAGUGGAUUCAAUAAAUAAAGAGUUGUUAGAGAGUCUGCCUGGUGAAGAAAAGGUUUAUUUUAGUUCAGAUAGUUUAUGGCAAUCGGAGGAAGAGUCAGAGCUUAAUAUGGCAUUGUUUCCUCCUAAUGUGUUAAACAAUCUUCGUUUAUCUGGUUUACCUAAUCAUAAAUUAGUACUGAAAGUUGGUGCUCCGGUGAUGUUACUCAGAAACAUUGAUCAGGCAAAUGGAUUGUGUAAUGGUACACGUUUACAAAUCACGAAGCUCGGAAAAGUUGUGAUUGAAGCAAAAAUUAUCACAGGGACUAAUAUAGGUCAUAAUACUUUGAUUUCAAGACUGAAGAUGACACCUUCAGAUAAAAGAAUACCAGUGAAGAUUUCUCAAAGACAAUUCCCACUUUCACUGUGUUUUGCUAUGACAAUAAAUAAAAGUCAAGGACAAUCAUUGGAGCGUGUUGGUUUAUAUCUUCCACGUCCAGUGUUUAGUCAUGGCCAACUCUAUGUUGCUGUAUCGAGAGUAAAAAGUAGGAAGGGAUUGAAAAUUUUGAUUUGUGAUAAAGAGAAACGAGUCUGUACAACCACUACUAAUGUGGUUUACAAGGAAGUCUUAUAA